UUGGUAUAUCUACAAAAGAAAAGCCUGGAUCUUAAGAGCUACACCCUUGUAUUUAACAAAGUGAAAGAUAAAGUUCUUGAUAUGAUUGACAGCUUUGAUUCGCUGGCGAACAAUUUCGUAAACCUAGAUCAAAGUAACAUAGAAAACUGCCAGCUGGAUGAAAAUCCAAAUGCAAUGGAUUUCGAAAUCAAAGGAAAUGAAAUUGAAGCUGAAAACCUGAGCUUUGCAUACGAUUCAAAGACUAUUCUCGAAAACUUUUCGAUGAGAAUACCUUCUGGGCAAAAAUUGGCCAUAACUGGAGUAAAUGGGUCUGGAAAAUCAACAUUUACAAAAUUACUGCUAGGACUUUAUAACUAUGAAGGUUCUCUAAGGAUUGAUGGCCUUGAAUAUUCAACAAUUAGCAAGAAAAGAGUAAGGGAAGCGAUAGCCUAUGUGCCGCAGGUGAGCUUUCUUUUUGAUUCAACAAUUAUUGAGAAUUUAAAAUGUGGAAGCGAAUCUGUAGCAGAUGAGAAAGUUGUCGAAUUUUCAAAGAUGUACAAUAUGCACGACACAUUCAAGGAACUUGGAUAUGACAGGAGAGUUGGCGAGAGAGGAAAGUUUUUAAGUGGAGGUCAGCGGCAGAAGAUAUGUUUUCUGAGGGCAGUUAUUAGGAAUUCACAAAUAUUGGUAUUGGACGAAGCCACCUCAAAUAUGGAUGAGGCAUCAGAGUUAGAAAUCAUAGAGUCAAUAAAGACACACAUGCAAAGCAAGACAGUCAUUAUGAUAGUUCAUAACUUGAAGCUUCUGGGUCAUUUUGACAAAAUUUUAUUUUUAGGAAUAAAGACCAAUAUGAGGUAG